GUCAGAAUCCCCGAACCGCUACGACAUGAGGACACCCUCCCCUAACGCCGAGAAGCUCAAGCCGAUGUUUCGCGAGCUGAUGAACGAGUUCACCGACGCCAUGGAAGAGCACAUGGGCGAUCACAUCGAUACGCUACGUGGCGAGUUGAACACGGAGCUCCAGCUAUUACGCAACCAGGCGGAUGCCAAGGCGGCCGCCGUCCAGACCAGCAUUGACACACUCACGAACAAGCAGCAGAGCUUGCACGAAAGGCUUGAGAAGCUGGAGCUUGAGCAGCGUCACUACGAGGAGAAGGUCCUCCCCCUAAUGCACGAAUCUAUCAAGCACGCGGUCGAGCCGAUCUACCACAACAUGUCGUUCUCGUACAUGGUUGUCUUCCCGAAUAAGCAGACGGCGCAGCAGUUUAAGGAUGAGUUGUCGGCUCGCAGCAUGAAUUGCGACUGGACCGACCCGAGGGACAACUCCGUGCACCAGAUUCGCGCCGGCGUACACAAGCCUCUCGAGAUCAGGAAGCGCGGAUACGUACUUGGACAGCUGUGGCGCAUGACCAAGCAGCACCUCUUGGACAACCACCUGUGGCGCGAGGGGAUCUCCAGCUUGGGCGCCAACGCGUGCAAAGGCACGCUGUACUACUCCAACGGCAUCGUGGCUUGGGAAAUCUUCAAGGUCGAGGAGGCUGGCGCCGCGUACCGCAUCUCCCCGGCGCUCGAAGACAUCGCCCAGAUCUCCAUGUCCCCCGAGCUGGCUCGCGCGAUGAUUGCCAGG